AUGCCAACUUCACUACUGCCGACCUCGACUCUCAGCAGCAUACUGCUCUCUCUCUUUGUUCAAUGCCCAGGCGCCGCCUCGGCGCAGCCCAUCGGAAACAACCAUGCCUCUCACCGUCAGUCCAAGAGCAGGCUCUACGAACGAGAUGACGGUGAUGGAUAUACCGAGCAGGCGCAGAAUUGGUGCAAUGACAAUCCCUCAGAGUGUAAAGCCGUCGUCAGCACCCUGUCAAUAGCCGGUCUUUUCCUCAUCCUUUUCCUGGCCUUCAAAUGGUACCGACGCCGUCGUAGUCGUCAAUCCAAGGCCAAGGAAGCGCUGGCAGAAUCGCAGGCCAAAGAGCAGAGAGACCAAUUCGAAAAAGAAGUCGAGCAAAAGUUUUUCCACCGACAAAGAGAGAUCAAGUUGCGGCAUGAGAUGGAGAUGUUGGGACUUUCGGAGGGCACGGGUACAUCGAAGUGA